UUCUUUUUUUCUUUCGAAGAAUGCCUCAUAAUUCAAAAGUGACCUUUAUUAGACAACAAAGAGUUGAUGCAACAUUUCUCAAAUUCGCUGGCCGAACUUCCCUGGCGGGAAUCAAGCAAAUCCAAAGGGCCAAGUCCCAGGAAACCCGGGUUCUCUGGGUAGGGAUCUUCACUUUCCUCUUCGGAUUCACCCUCUGGAACACCCUCGCCGUGGGCAUAGAUUUCUUGUCAUUUCCAGUCACCACAAUCGUCAAUAUCACGUCUCAGACAAAGAUUCUGCUGCCAACUGUGACUCUGUGCAAUCGGAACCCCGUGGAGUGCAGCAAACUCGUGGCGCUUUUUUUGCAACACCCCGGUGACGAAGGUCUGAAGAACUUGCUGAAUUACAGCAACUGCUUGGACACUGUUUCACGACCCAAGUCCUAUUCCCUUUCUGCGCUCAUCAAGAAUGAAGCAGAACCUGUUCAGACCUGGGUUCUGAGCUUGGAAAAAUUGCUGAUUGCUAAAAACUGGUCAAACAUCGAAGCAUUUAAUCGUCAACUUACACCGGAAUGCAGGGAAGGAAUAAAAACAAUCAAUCCACGUGAAGGUCAACAUUCAGUCAUUGAUCAGUUCCUCACGAAUUUUGCCAUCAACUGCAAAAGUGUUUCCCUCAAGUCCCUGCUUUUUCCGGAAUUCGAGCCAAGAAAUUUCGAUGUCAAUAGCAAGAAAACUUUCGACACCCUUGAGACUCACUUUGCAGACAGGUUUUACACUGAGCUGGCGAUGCUUUACAGAAGAUUGACAGUGGAGAUGCGGUUUCGCCAUGAGGAGUAUUCAGAGUCAAUUAUUGGCUCUGGGGCUGGGGCCAGAGUCAAGAUAACGCAUCCUGGAGAAUUGCAAAAUCCAAACCAAGAUGGCGGCUUCGUAAGCCCCAACACAGAGACCAAUUUUGCAAUGAACACCUUCAAGGUGGUCCGUUUGCCAGCUCCUUACGAAUCCAGCUGUUGGGAUCAUUGGGAACAGAGUCCUGUGAUUCCCUUCAUUCCUGAAAAUGCCACUUCAAAUGUCUCUGAGAAGAACCAAUGGUAUUCACAAGGGGUAUCCUAUCUUUGUGGUGCCCAACUCAAACCUGGUCGCAGGCCAAAUAGCAGAGCCAUGAAAAAUGUCCUCUCUUAA